AUGAUCUUGGACUCGAUGUUCUGCUUGAGCUCGUUGAUGUUGCAGAGAAUAAUGCCGGACCGAGUCGAUCCUUCCAUCCCCAUCAAGUAUUACCAGCAGUGCAUCAAGUCCAUUCGGUCAUAUCUCACGAUUCCCGGGAUCGAGACCAAUGAAAAGGGCAUCAUUUCUCGGUGCUUGUUAAGCACCAUUCUUUUGUGCAUAUACGAAUUGUUUUUUGUUGCUAUUGACAGCACUUAUGUCAAGGGGGCCUCAAGCAUUCUUGCCUCGAUCUUGAGUAAGCACAAUGUUCAGGGCAAAAGUCUUUUAAAAGACUCGCCGUUUCACCAAACGUGCUUCUGGGCGGUGUUUCUCUGCGAUUUGAUCUUGUCGUUGAAGUUUGACUUGCCGACCAUGUACUCGCUCGAGACGUUCUGGAAACCACUAGAUCCGGAGUACUUUGAGUUGUUCAAUAAGUACGGGACCCAGUUCUUGUCCAACAACGUAAGGGAUCGGGAAAUCUUCAUUUCCAACUCGAUGUUGAAUAAGGAGCACACCAUGUGGUGGCUUCACAAGGCGGUUAUUAACUACAGCUGCAUCAACGAGUUCAAGAAUCUGGUGACUGUGAUUAGCCGCGAGGACUGCGAGGCCAACAAGCCGUUCCAUGACUGGUUGAGGUUGAAGCAGUUGAUGGACGAGUUUGAGUCCAACAUGCCUAUCAACCUCAAGCCCAACAUCUACAAGCCUGCAUCGGCCACACGGGUAUUUCCGUUGAUCUACUUCAAGGACGAAGUCACUGCCAUCACUGGGCUCAACUUCAAGUUGUCCAAAAUUGCAUUAUACGAGUCGUUGCUCCUGCGCACCGACACCAGGAACGAGUUGGUACAGCUUCAGCUUGAACAGUACCCUCGAGGCUAUGCCAAAAAACUCACCAAGGACAUCAUUGGCAUCAUGAAGACCUACGACAGUAAUUUGUACCUUUGGCCCGUGAAUGUGCACACCUUGCGCCAGGUGGCACACUACGUGUUUGACGAGCCAGAGGCACACCGGAUCUUGGAGGAGUUGGUGGAGCGGAUCAUCUCUGUGUGCAACUUGCGGCUCCAGGACAAAAUUGUGCGGAGGUGA